CACCCCGGGUCGAUUUAAAUGCUCUCACGGCGGCUGCAGCAGAUUUUCCUGUCAGGAGAAAGCAGACUGUGAAAAGCCGAGAUGUUUGAUGCGCCAUGGCUCCCCGCGUGCGUCCUGGCUUUCGGUGCGCUCGCCCACAGCGUAAAGGUGGCGGAGCGGAGCGGACAGGAGUUCUUGGAGAAUAUUUUGCGCUAUUAUGGCGAGAAUAGCUCCAUUACGACCGAGAAGCUGGAAGAUCUGCUGCUGCUGAUCUCAGCCAGAAGAUCUGAGUCCAUAAUUGAAGAAAACCCACUGGAAGACAAAGAGUGUCCCUCGGCGGGGCAGAUUUUGUCCCACUUCGGCUUCAGCAAUGUCACUGAGCUGACUGUGGGACAUCUGGGGAGGAUCUGUCCCGCUGUGUUGACCCAGGUGCUGCUGCCCUCCUGCCCCUACGUCAGUCCAGUAACUGUGCCUGCCGUCGACUACUCUGUAUGGGGUUAUGGAUUUCUGGCUGUCACCAUAAUCAACCUGGCAUCUCUUCUUGGCCUGCUGCUGAUCCCUUUCGCCAAGAAGCCUUAUUUCUCCAAAGUGCUGACUUACUUUAUCGGCCUGGCCAUUGGGACGCUCUUCUCCAACGCCGUACUUCAGCUCAUACCAGAGGCUCUGGGUUUUGAUCCGAAAGCAGACAACUAUGUGGCAAAGGCAGUUGGUAUAUUCGGAGGGUUUUACCUUUUAUUUUUUGUGGAAAAGAUACUGAAAAUAUCUCUUGGGAUUGACCAUGAGCACGGCCACAGCCACUUCGCUCCCGCAGACCCGCCUCUGGAGAACAGCAUCCAGAAUGGAGACGCUUUGGGGAAAAAGGAGUCUGUGGUCCUGACCAACAUCACCACCAUUGCUGCUGAUAAGAGCGGCCCGGCUGUUGAGCCCCCACAUGCAAAUGUGGCACCCUCGCAGGACGCCCAGGUGCCUGAUGGGAUGUGCCACUGGCUGCGUGGGAAGCGCAUCACCAGCAUCAAGACGGUGGCCUGGAUGAUUUCUCUGAGCGACGCCGUGCACAACUUCAUCGACGGCCUGGCCAUCGGCGCGUCGUUCACCGUGUCCAUCCUGACGGGGUUCAGCACGUCCACCGCCAUCGUCUGCGAGGAGUUUCCCCAUGAGCUGGGUGACUUUGUUAUCCUGCUGAAUGCUGGAAUGAGCGUCCCGCAGGCCAUUUUCUUCAACCUGCUGUCAGCAAUGUCGUGUUAUGUGGGCCUCGUGUUUGGCAUCCUGCUUGGAAGCAGCUUUGCUCCGAACGCCAUCUUUGCCGUCGCUGGAGGAAUGUUCCUGUAUAUUGCACUAGCAGACAUGUUUCCAGAAAUGGACAGUAUAGCAAGGGAACAACGGAAAACUUCAAGCAAGAUCAUCUUCUUUCUGAUCCAGAACGCCGGGCUGCUCACCGGCUUCGCCAUCAUUCUACUGAUCACCAUGUUUGCAGGGAACAUCAACCUGGGUUAGAAAGGGAAAAGAAGUGCUCACACGUUGCCUUCGUCUCUGCUCACACAGGGUGGGCUGAAAGUGAAUGUAAAGAGAAUGUUUUAUACAAACUGGACCAAGUGUUAAAGGAGACAGAAAGGGAGCUUUUUAUACUUUUGGACUAUCAAGUUAGUGAAAUGUUUACUACAUAUGAAGGGCUUUCUUUUUUUUUUUUACAAUCAAUAUGUAUAAAAUCAAUGACAUGUAUCUUAAAGAAACAAUAAAUUAUUUUUAGUCUUAAAAUGUGAAA